AUAAUAUGGGAAUUAUAUGUGCAAAUCAAAAUUUUGAAUCAAAGAAAAGCAAUAAAAUUAUUAAGUAAAAGCAAUAAUCUAAUUCAAUUCAGAGAUCAGUCAUUAGAGGCAAUCGACAGUAUGAAAAUAAAAUCCAGAUAAUUUAAAUGCUUGUGUUUCGAUUCUUUUUAGCAAAGAUGGCUAACAAAGGAAUACUUACUAAAAUUAGAUAAAAGAAUUGAAAUCAUAGAUGUUUAUGAUGGAUAAAUAUUAAGAUUGUAAAACCUAAUUUUAUUACAAUAGAAAUAGAAAAUUUUCUGCUUUAAAUGAUGAAGUUUUUGAUAAUUUAGAAUAAAUAAAAUAUCUUUAAUGGGUUGGAAAGUAUGGUAAAAAUCUGCAAAAAAUUGCUAAAUGGACUGUGGAUUGGAACGGAUAAAUUCUUUAAACUAUUGGAGGAUAUUACUCAGAAAGUGGUUAGAAGAUUGGUAUUUGGAAAGACUUAUUUAAGAAUUAUUGUAGGUAAAUAUUAACGUAUUAACAUCAUUAGUCAUGUCCCUGUAUUUUAAGAAGGUGAAUAUUAUAGUGAAAAAAAAUUAGGUAGGUGGAUAUAUAUUUACAAAAAUACAAGGAUGUAUUGUUUAAUAAAAUAAUUAGAGGUGGAGGCGUUUAUAAAGAGGGAUUGAAGACAGGAAAAUGGAUAGAGUUAGAUGAAGGGUUCUUCAAUUCAAAAUAAGUCACUUAUAAAGGUGAAUAUAAUUAGAAAGGUAUGAAGGUGGGUAUUUGGGAUAUAUGGUUUAAUUGUGGUUUAAAUAAAUAUAUGUAAAAUAUAUGUAAGUAUAAUGUUUAUAGUGGGGGUGGAUAAUAUGAUUAAGAAGGAAAUUAGAAAAAGAUUGGAAAAUGGGUAGAAUUGUUUGAAGGUUUCUAAAAAUAUGCUUAAAUCACGUAUAAUGGCGAAUAUAAUAUUCAUGGUAUAAAGGUGGGUAGAUGGGAUAUUAUACGUUUUAGAGAUUGGAUGUAAACGUUAUAUAAGUAUAAGGAAAUAUAUAGUGGAGGUGGAUUAUAUGAUUAAGAAGGAAGUUAGAAAAAGAUUGGAAAGUGGAUAGAAUUGGAUGAAGGAUUUUGGGAUGUAAAAUAAGUCAUUUAUAAUGGUGAAUAUAAUAUGAAUGGUUUGAAGAUAGGUAGAUGGGAUGUUAAGUUUAGAUAUUGCAGUUAGGAGCCAUUUAAAUAAAUGUAACUAUUAAAUAAGUAUAUUUAGUGGCGGUGGAUUAUAUGAUUAAGAAGGAAAUUAGAAAAAGAUUGGAAAGUGGAUAGAAUUGGAUGAAGGAUUCACUAAUUCAAAAUAAGUCACUCAUAAUGGAGAAUACAAUAUUAAUGGCAGGAAGAUUGGUAUUUGGAUGGAUAUGGAUAUUAAGAAUAAUAGAACACGAGAAGAGGUGGAAUAUGAUUAUUGA